AUGUUGCCAACUUCCAUUCUCACUGCCAGCAGCUUCAUCGCUCUUGGCCAUGCGGUUCCUCUUCACUUCCAUGUCGCAACAUCUACCACCCUAGCGCCGCGAGCUGCUUACGUCACAUUUGGCGGGGAUGGAUCGAUGAGCGCAGGAUGGCCAAAGCAGACCGAGUGGAUGUCGUUCGACGAUGCCUGGGAGGCCAAUCAGGACUUCAUCAAGGUUUCAUGCAAACAUGACGGCUGGGGCGACAACAACAGCGACGCUGGGACGCAGGCUAUCAGGGAUAGCAUCAAGACAGAGUCCGAGACUUCCGGCGUCCCGACAGAGCUCAUCCUCGCCGUGAUGAUGCAAGAGUCUAAGGGCUGCGUUCGUGCUCCAACCUCUCAAUCCGACGCACACAACCCAGGUCUUAUGCAGGGCGCAGGUACUGCGUCCUGCCAUUCUCUCGCCCAAGGUCCUGUAUCGCCAUGCCCCACUAGCAAGAUCCGCGACAUGAUUCACGAAGGCACUGCAGGACAAGGGUUGAGAACGAGUCUGAAGGAGUCGCUCGACGCCUUCAGUACCACCACGGACGACAGCAAGUACUACAAAGCGGCUCCGCUACAGCAUGCUACGCUUCUGACAUUGCGAAACCGUCUAAUCAAGCCUUUCGGGGAGAGCAGUUGCGACAACAAUGCUAUCGCUGGACUUACCAAGACCGAGGGCCGCGAGUCCUACGAGAACGACGACGACCAGAAAAUCGACCUCGAUCAACAUCAGACCGACAACAAACGACCAGCUCCAAAAGAACACGGCGAUAAUCAAGGUAGCGAUAGUGGUAUCUGGGACACCAGCAUCACCGGUGCUGCCGAUGACUGUACCAAACACUAUGUCCCUAAGAAGGGCAGUAACUGUGAGUCUGUGCCGAUCGCUUUCACCAAGUUGCGUCAACUCAACUCGAAGUUGAAGGAUGAUUGCUCUAACCUCUGGGCUGGAUAUCAAUAUUGCAUUGUUACCUGA